AUGGGGUUGAUUCCGUUGCGAUUGAAAAGCCCACCCCAAUAUGUGCUAGCAUGCAUCCUAUGUUCAGCGAAUGGGAUCCUUUUUGGAAUGGACACGGGCAUCAUUGGGCCUGUCACCGACAUGAGGGACUUCAAGGCCUCAUUCGGGAGUAUCCAGAACUCUACAAUUCAUGGCCUCAUCGUCUCAUGUAUUUUGAUUCCAGCAGCACUCUCUUCUUUCUUCGCUGGCUAUGUCGCCGAUCGGCUGGGUCGCCCAAAGGGGAUCUGCAUCGGCGUUUUUAUUUUCGGCGUUGGAGCGGCCAUAGAAGCAGGAGCUAUCGCCCUGCCCAUGUUCAUCGUUGGUCGCAUCGUGGAAGGCGUUGGCGAAGGUCUGUUCCUGGGAAAUCUGGUGGUUCUGAUUUGUGAAAUUUCACCUACCAGUACUAGGGGUGCUCUGACAACUGGGCCUCAGCUGGCCACUACUCUAGGCCUUGUCCUGGGCUACUUCAUCAGUUAUGGAAGUUCCAGCCUCCAGUCCUCGCUCUCAUGGCGGAUGCCGUUUAUUCUUCUUGCGGUCCUCUCCAUGAUCCUGUGUGGGGCGUCCCUUGUUUAUUUACCCGAGUCCCCACAAUGGCUGGGGCUCCACGGUCGCUAUGAGAUGGCCGAAGAGGCAUGGGAUAAAUUGGGGGUUAGUCAUACAGAGCGUGAAAAAGUCGCACUGCAAGUACGGACACAGGAUGUUGAAUCUAAUACCGAAACGGUCGAGGAGAGAACCAUCAACAAGCUGCUUGCUAUCUUCUCCAAAGAUGUGUUGGGCCGGACCAUUCUGGCGGUGUUUUUGAUGGGUAUGCAGCAAAUGAGUGGCAUCGAUGGUGUCCUUUAUUAUGCUCCGCAGUUAUUCCAGAAGGCCGGGCUAGCCUCAUCAGAAGCAAGCUUUCUGGCCUCUGGCGUUUCGGCGCUGGUGAUCUUCGCCGUGACUAUCCCAGGACUCAUCUAUGCCGAUAAAUGGGGCCGCCGAAGCAGCAUUAUCUAUGGCGGGAUAGUGAUGGGAAUGCUGAUGUUUUUGAUGGGUGGCCUCUAUGCUGGGAAUGCCGUCCACAAAACCAAUGGCGUUGGUCGCUGGGUUGUGAUUGUCUGCAUCUAUCUUUUUUCGGCUCUGUAUUCGCUGACCUGGGGUAUCUCUGUCAAGGUCUAUAGCGCCGAGAUUCAGCCUCAGCGAACACGGGCAUCAGCUACCACGUUAGCUCAUUCAAGCAACUGGGUCUGUAACUUCCUGGUGGCAUUAACGACACCCAUUCUCCUUGCAAAGAGCAGCUUUGGGGCGUACUUCUUGUUUGGCGGGUGCUGCGGUGUCACAGUGAUCGUCGGCAUUCUGUUUAUGCAUGAAACAAAAGGUCGAACCUUUGGGGAAAUUGAAGAGGCUUUUAAAGGAAAAUCGCCUGGAUCACAGAAUAAAUUGUGUCGCGUACCCCCCUCAAACAUCAAAACGAGAAGCUUCACCGACCUUAAAGGCUCCACCGGGAAAGCAGAAGCAGAUCUCCUUGUCGAGGAACUGCAAGAACUGUACGAAAUUGCCAAAGAUGAGUUUGAAAUUGCCACCGAGAGCACCGACACAUCGACAAUCUACGCUGCUUCAGACCGCGAGUCUGCACGUGAUGCUCUGAACCAGUUGUCCUGCGUGUACAGUCUAUACACUGGUCGGCCCGGGGAAAUUGAUAAUGGGGCGGCUGGGUCAUCCUCUGAUAGUGAGGAAUUAAGGGACGGUCCAAUUGUUGAGACCAAUUACAAUCCUGCAGAUAUUCCACAGGAGGUCAAGGAUGAAGUGCGUCGACGCGUUGGGCAGCGGAUCCGGGAGUUGAAAAAUGCCGUUGAGUUUCUUGAACAGCGGGCUAUGGAGGACUGA